UGGCAGUGCGGGAUUCCCCUGCCUUCAGCUUUCAGUUCCUUCUGCCUUUCAUCAGUCAUAAAGGUAAAAUUUGGCUGAAUUCGGUCACUAAUACUGUGAAUCACUUUUCAGUCUGACCUAAGAGAAGGUUUGUGUUUGCGUGAAGAUGUCCGACCCCGAGACUCCAACCCAACCUCUAAUUGGCCAUGAAACAACCGUCAAUGUUGGAGCGCCAGGACAGAAUGGCCGCUCUACCCGGGCUUAUAAGGUGGCAGGAUUGACCCUUCUGGCCUGUGUGCUGAUUGUGGGCCAGGCGAUGACCGCCUAUUUCCUCCUCAGCCAGAAGAAUGACAUCAAAUCUCUGGAGGAUCAGAACAACAAACUUCAGACACAGGUGUCACGAGGCAACUCUGCUCCUGUACCCAUGAAGAUGCAUCUGCCCUUGAACUCCAUGGUGAUGUCGGACAUUGUGGACACGGACUCUUCAACUGGAACCCCAGAUGAUUCAUCCCCUCCUCCCACCAAGUGCCAGCUGGAGGCUUCUGGCGCGAAGCCUGUUCAGGUGCCAGGUUUCAAACCUGCCUGUGAAAAGGAUGGCCUCUACAAGGCCCAGCAGUGCUUCGGGUCCCUUUGCUGGUGUGUGAACACAGCCACCGGGGAACAGAUUGAUGGAAGCGAGCGCCAAGGACAAGCCAAUUGCAAUCUGUCCGUCCGUGCUGGCAGCAUGAUGAAAAUGCUGAGUUUUCCCAGUGAGGAAAAUUAAAACUGUGGCAACAGAAGCUGCUUCAGUCUUUUCCAGAAACCAGUUUCGGCUCAUCUCCUAAUAUCAUGUUACAACUUUGCCGAAUCAAUCACCACAGCUGCACUUAAUAAGCUAAUGGGGUUUUAUAUAUCGCUGAUAAAUGACCAGUAACCAAUUACCUGCUUGCUAUCGUUCCUAUUUUAUUGCAACCAAUAUUCUACUGACAGCAGAGCCUUUUGACCGUGAUUGGAGAUUUUUAAUGGCUAUUAAAGAUGAAUAAUUAUCAAAUAGUGUUUAGUGUGCAGCCUUAAAUGCUUUAUUUUAAUGUUGAUGAUUGGACAAGAAUGGUUUGUGUGUUGGGAGGCACACAAUAAAUAAAGAGGAAAAAAUAAGAGAAGCUAAGCCAAAGUACUUAAGUAAAAAAAUACUUUUAAGAAUGGAUUUGUGAUAAAAUGUAAAUGCAGUCCUCCCUGCCAUUAAAGGCUUGGUCUUUUAAUUUUGUCAUGUUUGGCAUAAGGUAAAAUAUAAUAAUAAUAAUAAAGCUGUUAUUACAAGUUUUGAAGCAUAAUUUGGACACAAUCGGGAUACAUGAGUAGAUUUAUUUGAACAACCCAAAUAAAACCUGUUAAAAACA